ACCCAGUGUAGAAACCACUGCAGCCAUGAAGGGAGGCCUCGUGUUGCUGAUCGCUGGGGUGUUGCUCGUGGCGUACUGCACGCCGCUCGCUGCUGCAGACGAUGGAGACGAAGUGGCGGAAGAAUUAGGAGAAAACAGAGACGCUGAUGACGACGACACCGACAGCAUAGCAGACGAGGACGACGACGACAGCGGAUUUAAUUGGGGUCUAAUUGAAGAGAGGAGGCGGGCACUCAAAGGAGCUCACGCCCGGGUUGGCCACGCCAAACACGCGGGAGCAGGCAGCCGACAUGCUGCAGGCAGAGCUGCUAACAGACCUCACGCCAGGUCAGGCGCUGCCCACAGAGCCGCCCACAGCAAGUAGUCGCCACUGCUGAAAGAGACCACGCCAUGGAGAUGCCAUCUGGAGUUGCUCAUACUGUCCUGUAUCCUGUACUCACAAAGCAGAAAUAAAGCACCG